AUGGAUCAGCCGCCACUAUCGCCACCUUCGGAGCCUGCAUCCUCUCCGCCAGCCAAACCCGUUGCGCUGGACUCACCGCUGCGCACCACUCCUAUCCAUGCUCUUCUCCCCGAAGUGCGCGUUCCGAGGGAACCGCUCCCGUCAUACAAAUACGACCCUAUCACCUGCGCGCCAUUGGAAGGCGACGAUGUGCGCGCUCAGAUUGAGGAGCUACGCCAAGAAUUCACGUCACUUGAGCAAGUCGCAACCGCGCAGGAACAAGCCGCGAGGGAAGUAAAGCAGAAGAUUGAAGAUGCGGAGAGGAAACGCGAAGAGGUGCAAAGAGCCAUCGACAAGAAGAUCAAGGAGAGAAACAUGGAAAUGAAGGUGUUAUCGAAGUAUCAGAAGGCGAAGGCUUCCGACGUCUCGUGA